AUGGACGCGGCCGUCGAAGCUCGGGGCGGCGCCGCGUCGCCCUCUGGAGCACGGCCGCCCUCCAUGUCCUCGCGACGCUCCUCGGUCAGCGUGGCGGCUGCCGCCGCCGACGAGCCCGCGCAUGCCGCCUCGCCGCAGGACGUGUCAGGAGACGAAUCCGGCCCGCAGUCCUGGCACCGCGACUCGCAGGAUGUCGAGUCGGGGGCCGCGAGCGUCAAGUCGGGCGAGGCCGACCUCAAGGCUGACGGCUCCGGCGAGCUGACGAACGGCUCAGACCCGGCGCCAUCCGCGCCGGUGCAGAAGCGGAGGAGAGUGACGCGCGCGUGUGAUGAGUACGUCGACGCUCUCGAGCAGCGUCUACAGAGGGCCGAGGCGCUGCUGCGCAAGUUCAUCCCCGACGUGGACCUGGCCGACCCCAACCUCGACAGGAGCGUCCAGCUGGAGUUUACAAACCGCGCCAGGGCCCAGGCCUCAAGGAUGAAAGGUGGCGACACGGGCGGUGUCGGCAAGAGCCAGGAGGACCAGCUCAUGUCCAUGAUCGAGAGCAUCGGGCACCUGGACCUGGCCGACGGCGAGUCCGACUUCCACGGCACUUCCUCCGGGGCCGUCUUCAUGCGCCGCCUGAAGGCGCACAUGGGCAUCCACAACGACGCCAAGCCUCCCUUCCCUCCCAGGCGGCCCAGGCAGCCGUUCGCCUUCGACUCGCCCCAGUCCACGGCGAGCUCGCCGUUCGAUCCCGGCGAGGGCGUGGGGCCCGCCAUCUACGACCUGCCGCCCAAGGAGGUCUCCCGCAGCCUUUGCUACUUCUCGCUCAACUGCGCGACCUGCCUGCUGCGGAUAGUCCACCUCCCUACCUUUUACGAGUCCUUUGAAAGGCUUUAUGACAAAAAGAGCACGGAAAGCCUGGGCCUCGAGGACUACAGGGACCUUGCGCUGUUGUAUUCUACGCUGGCCCUAGGCUCCGUCUUCUUCCCUACUGACGACGAGAUUGACCCCGACAACCAGGCGCAUUACAAAGGGGCAACGGAAAAGGGGUUCAAGUUCUACACAUUGGCCAGGUUUCUUCUCCAAGAUAUUACCGACUGCCACAACCUAGUGUCGUUACAGGCACUCUAUUUUAUGAUACUGUACCUCCAGGCGACGUCAAACAUCAGCGGCUGCUACGCCUUGCUGGGCAUCGCCCUGAGGUCUGCGGUCAGGAUGGGCCUUCACCGCCACCUGCCGCACGCCCAGCUCAACCCCUUCGAGGACGAGAUGAGGCGGCGCGUGUUCUACGCCAUCAGGCAGCUGGACAUCUACGUGUCGGCCCUGAUGGGCUUCCCCGUGCUGCUGAAGGCCUCGGACAUCGACCAGCCGCUGCCGACCGAGGUCGAUGACGAGUUCAUCACCAAGGACGCCAUAAUCCCGCCGCCGCCCGGCACGCCGUCCUUCUUCCAGGCGACCAACGCCCACGUCCGCCUCAUGGACCUGCUCGACAGGGUGGUCCAGGAGGUCUACCCGCUCAAGGCCGUCGAGGAGAGCGGCAAGGGCGACCAGGUCACCUCCUUCACGAUACGGUACUCCACCAUCAAGGCCAUCGAGGCGGAGCUGCAGCAGUGGUACGAGCAGCUGCCCAUCGCGUGGCGUCCCAGCCCCGAGGGGCCGAUCGAAGUUAUCAGAGUUCGCUCGCUCCUCCGCUUCUCGUACGCCCACGUGCAGAUGAUGCUCUACCGCCCGUUUCUCCAUUACGCAUCUCCCCGCCUUUCAGCAGGGAAGCACGUCGACGAGCGGUACUACGCGUGCGCGGCCGCCUGCAUCAGCGUCUCCCGAAACCUCAUCCACAUUGGGAUCGAAAUCAAGAGGCAGGGCGUCCUCAUCGGACCCUACUGGGUGAUAUUGUACACGCAGUAUUUCGCCAUCCUGUCGCUCUUGUUCUACGCCCUGGAGAACCCCGACAAGCCGGGGACGGCCGAGAUCCUGGCCGACGCGCACGCCGGCAAGGAGCUGGUCGCAAGCCUCUCCAACCGGAGCCUGGCGGCCGACCGGGUCACUGAGGCCCUAAGCGCCCUCUUCGAGCAACUCCCAGACCGGCUGCGCAACCCCGGGGACCAGGCGCGGGCUCACGUGCUGGCGACCAAGAAGCGCGCGGCCCCCGGCGGCGUGUCGGCGUCCUCGCCGUCCUCGAUCAAGGACCAGCCCGGCGGAGGCGGCGGCGGCGACAAGAAGCGAUCCGAGAGCAUCGUGCGGACGCACAGCGGACGCUCGCAGGAGAGCGCCCGCGCGGCGGCGGCGGCGGCCGGCAGCCGGCCAGCCUCUGUGGCGCAGCAGCAGCAGCAGCACCGCAUACCACUCGACGCCGCCACCGCCGCCGCCGUGCAACAUGCCAGGGCGGCGGCGGCCGGCGGGCCCGCGCACGGCUUCAUGUCGAGCUUCGGGGAUCCGGUGCCCCUCGACGUCCUGAUGGCGAGCAGCCAGAGCCCGGACCCGGGCGCGGGCGGGUUCAGGAGGCCGCCCGAGCAGGGGGCCUUCGGGCAGGUGUCGCAGCAUCAGCACAACCAGCAGCAGCAGCAGCGCCAGGCCAGCACUAGCAGCAGCGGUGACAUGUACAAGCUCGACGCCAUGAUGUUCCCGACGACCGACCCGUUCGCGUACCCGGCGCGGACCGCCAUGGCCCACCACCACCACCGCGACGCCUCGGUGCCCGGCGGCGGCGGCGGCGGCAACGUCGCGACGGGGCAGGGGCAGGGGCAGGAACAGGCGGACGGCGGUGGCAUGUGCUACUACGAGAUCGAGGGCCAGCUGAUCGGGUCAAUGCCGCAGUAUCUGGUGCAGCCGGGGGCCAUGGGGGGCCCGGCGGCGCUGGACGACCUGGCCGCGCAGAUGUACGGCAUGGCCCCCUCGCACAUGGCGCCGCCGCACCAUCGCCAGCACCACCACCACCCCCACCAGGACGACAUGGACGACAUUCUCCUAACGGACCCGAGCAGCUUCGACUUCCUCGCGCAGCAGUACCGGCGGCUCUGA